UCAAUUAUUCUCUGGUUUGACCAGCGAGCCUGCACGCACUAUAUUACUGCAAAUUACACACGAGCUACAAAACCGGGACUGUUUCUUAGGGAAUAGACAAGAUGCUGUAAUAAGACAUUUAGAGCUCCUCCAUCCUUGGAGCUGAUGGCAGCUUUAGUCGCCUGGAAUGGUCGGCUGGUGGUCGUGGUCCGCUGAAAAACGCUACAAGUGAGCCAGCUGUCUUCUUGGCACGGAAAGGCAAAGAAAUAGCCAUGUCUGCGAGAGAAAGAGCAAAGGGACAUGCGACUAAGGAUAGCCUUUCUUUGCUGCCAUGCUUCUAUUUUGUUGAGCUUCCAAUCCUGGUUUCAUCAGUAGUGAGCCUUUACUUUCUAGAAUGGACAGACAUUUUCAAACCUGUGCACUGGGGCUUCAGCUGUUAUGAUCGCAGUCUGAGUUUACCUUACAUCGAGCCAACACAUGAGGUCAUCCCCUUCCUCAUGCUCCUCAUCCUCACCUUUGGUGCACCUGCCCUCACGAUAAUGAUUGGAGAGGGCAUUCUGUUCUGCUGGCUUUCCAAAACUCAGAGCGGCCCUGGAGCCGAGGCCAACAUCAAUGCAGCUGGCUGCAACUUCAACUCCUAUGUCCGACGCGCCAUCAGGUUUGUGGGUGUUCAUGUGUUUGGUCUCUGUGCCACUGCUUUGAUAACGGACAUCAUCCAGCUGUCGACAGGUUACCCAACACCGUAUUUCCUUACUGUAUGCAAACCCAACUACACACACCUGAACUCCUCCUGUGAUGAGAACUCUUUCAUACUGGAAGACAUAUGUUCUGGAUCUGACACUGCCAUCAUUAAUGCCGGCAGAAAAUCGUUUCCUUCCCAGCAUGCAACCUUGGCAUCCUUUGCAGCUGUCUACAUCUCUAUGUAUUUCAACAGCACACUGACAGACUCAUCUAAACUUCUGAAGCCCUUAUUGGUCUUCUCCUUCAUCAUAAGUGCCAUCAUAUGUGGUCUAACCCGGAUUAUCCAGCACAAGAACCAUGCUAUUGAUGUCUACCUGGGAUUUCUCCUUGGAGGGGGCAUUGCCAUUUAUUUAGGUCUGCAUGCUGUUGGGAAUUUCCAACCCAGUGAGGAGAAGCUGAAGAAUGAAUCUCAGGUUCAGGAUACUGUUAGGUCCCUGGGUGAGCUGGGUCAACACGUUGGCCACCAUCUGCCUGCUAAAAGCCGUAGCAGCAGUGAUGGCAUUUCCACCUCACACUCAGAUGGACUUCUUCACCGUAAUCUUCAGACCCGUCACACUAGAUCUCUUACCAACCUGAAGAGAUCCAGUGCGGACGUCGAAGUCCCACAGCCCCACAGCCCUAUAGAUAAGGAGAGCAUGGUGACUUUUAACACUCUGCCUCGGAUUCACCCAGCAACCAUGGAUGAUGACACAAGGCGCAAUGGAACAGUCUAUUCGUCUAUGGACUCCAGUCGUUCCAAACAGUUGUUAUCGCAGUGGAAGAGUAAGAAUGACAAUCGAAAGCAUUCCAUGCAGACUGUGGAGAGUGCCCUGGGCCAGUGUUCCACCAACAACAUGGAGACUCGCUGUAGUUCAGAACCUUCCACCGUAGGCAUUGCUGGGGAGCAGCAAGGUCCAGUAGGGUCAUGUCUCAAACUGGCCACUGGAAGCAGCACUUUACCCAGUAACCCUUGUGGUAUUGCUGGAGGUACAAGAGUGCCUAUUCAGCCCAGGCCAGGCUCUUCACAACUGGUGCACAUUCCAGAGGAGACUCAGGAAGGCAUGAGCAUUUCACCUAGAGGCAGUGUACGGGACAAGUGGCUGAAAAGCAUGGAAAAGAAUGCCAACGGACAACCACGCAUUGUGCCAGUGAUUGGCAUGUCCAAGCAGCAUGGCCUGUUGCCUGCAGGCUCCAGCAGUUCUGAGAGCAGUAGCCACACCAGCUCCACUGCACCUCUGCACCGCCAUAAGAGCCUGAGUGAGGAGCCUGGUUCAGGUGUUACCAGCCAGAGUUCCAUAGUCAGGGUGGAGGCACACCCAGAGAACGGACGGCCCUUGGUUCAUGCCCACUCUACUGAAGGCAACGCUUUCUGGACCUGGAAGUCUCAGAACAGCUUAAGACAGUCUUUUGAGCUCAAUGACCUCAACCGAGACUCAGAGAAUUGUGAUUCACUUAGGGACAGCUAUGGUUCCACAGACAGGAAAAGGAGCAACUCUGGUGUUCCGAUACAUGUCACUGUCCCAACAGUUCCUGCUGUCUCUUCUAUUUCCACUGUAGCCAACUCAGUAGGAGAUCAGCACCCUCAUCAAACCAUCUCCACCAUCCGGGUCACCCCUAUAGAAAGCAAUGAGAGUGGCCCAGAGAGUCGCGACUCAACACUGAGAAGGAAAAGCAAUAUGAUCCUAAUCCCUGAAAGAGGGAACAGCCCAGACAACACCAGGACCAUUUUCUACAAGGGCACUUCCACCACCCCAGCAUUUAAAGAGUAGCCAGCAUUUAAUGCCUUUUCACUGUUUAUGUAUCACACAUGAGGUCCAUUUAUGAGGUGUUCAUUUAUAUUUGUCCACACAUGUACAGUUUGCUGGUGUGUUUUGCACUCUGGAUGACACCAUUUCUUACACUGCAUGAAAUCACUGGUUUAUAAAGUUGUCACAGUGACACAAAAGCACAAACCCAGAACUCUUUCUAUGCUGUUGGCUGUUGUCCUAAAGAAGAAGUACAGUAUAUUGUAGCAUAUAAACUAAUUCUUUAUUCUAUACACUGUGAAGUUGACCUAGUGCCAAGUCUUAACUUAAACACUGUAUAAAUGUUGAACAAAGUAAUUUUUCAGUGAUUACCCUAGCCCGUAAUUUUUUGUAAUAUAAAUAUUCUCUGAAAUGGGUGCUGUCCUAUUUAGAUAUGGGAAAAAAAAGCAAAAAAAAAAAAAAAAAAGCUUGGAGCAGAAAAUUGUUUUGUGAGAAGCAUUUAAUGACCAUAAGUGCUUAGAAUAUUUUCUGUAGUUUGUUGUAUAGUCUUGCAAUCAGGGCUGGUACAUGCUAUUCUGAUGCUCUAGGCGUAACAGAAUGUAGCUAUACCUCCAACCAGUCUGUUGUAUAAACUUUUUACAAAUUGAUCACUGCUGAUGACUGUCUUCUUAUCUAUUUAAAGUGCUUACAGAAUGCACUCAUAGAGAGCCUGGUUAAAUGACAUACUGGACAAUAGUGUUGGCACUAUAAACCACCCAUGCUCAAGUGCCACCCUAGGAAAUUGCCUAGUUCAACAUUAUGUAUGCACCGGCCCUGCUUGAAAUACCAUGCACUAUAUUCUCCUACUUGCAAUACGAAUCCUUGUUUUCACAACUUCAUCGUGAACUAACUUAAUUUGUGUUUCUUGCUUUCAACUUUGCUGUACGCCGUAAUUUAAUGAAUUCUCCUGGUCUCACUAAGGUGAACGUAUGUUCAGUAGCAAAUCAAGGUGCAAAUAGAUCACCGUCUUCCUUUAGUGUGUGUGUUAGAACCAGGUGCUUGUGGACACACUCUGCUGCUACUGUAAGAUCACUCACAGCCCAGACCUCUAGCUGUGCUGUUCUCUACUCAUUUUUGCACUUGAGUGUACAAAGUGAGGCAGAAGUAACUUAAGCCUAUGCCACUGAUAUUUCCUUUACUCUAUUGCAAUCUCUUCACAUAGAUCCAAUUAACUAUUUCAUAUAUGUCUAAUUUUGAUCCUGAAAAAAUAUGCUUGAUUUCUGGAACCAUAUUUAUCUAAGCAGCCCCUAUAUCCAUGUAAAGUAUAUUUAUAUUUAGUCAAAAUAUACAUGUGGCUAUUAUAAGAACACACAAGUUAACUAUUUUUAGACGUAUUUACCCAAUGUGGUGCCAUAUCAACUAUCACAUAAAAAAUAGAAUUAAAUGUUUAUUUUAAUAGAGAUGAAGAUUAACAAUAUUCUUUAUGUGUGUGGAUUUUUAUAAAACAUGUAAAUGUGCCAAAGGGUAUUUAAAAGGGAAGGUUUUGUGCUUUGCUAUAGUACUUCUACAACACUCUGUAUUCUUGUAAAUCCACAUACAGCGUGGCACAGCUAGAGCGUCUGCAUGUUGAUGAUUUGAUAUCAAACAUAUGUUUUGUUCUCUUUUUGAAAAGGAUUAACAGAGUUGCAGAAAGUGUAAUUAUUUAGUUGUUUAUUCUGGACAUUUAUUCUUGUUGGUGGACAAUCUUUAUGAAAGUGUUAUUUUGUUAGAGUAGCAACCUCGACACUACAAAGGAAAGACAUCUGAAUAGUGUGUGCACAUUUCAUUUAGGGAAUGCAUCGUGCAUGUUUCUGAGAUGACUGAGGGGCUCUACCCUAAAAUACUGUGUUUGUGUUUAAUCAGGAAAGUGGUGAUAGGUUAGCUGUGUAUGGGAACAAGUCCAGCAGCACCCAUUACACUGGCACAGGCUCUGUUUAAGAAGCUACGAGACAUCGUCUUUCUCUCCAUCAGUUGUGCCAGAUCCACGCAAGAAAAAGGAUCCAUGAGGGGAAAAACUGUGUAGCUGUGUUUAAAUAAAUGU